AUGCGCCGCGCUUGCCCCUUCGAGCUCAUCAUCCGUCUUGUCCAAUACACAACCAUCGGCACCUUGUCGCGCACGCAGAACUCCAGUACAGACGGCUUGUCCGUAGUCACUCAUUUGCAUCCGAAUCCCACCGAUCGCGACUCCUCUCGUCCGCCCUACGCCGUCACCGCGCCCGCCAGCAGCACCGCAGCAUUGACGACAGCCGGCGAAUCACCCUACCCACCUCCCUUCUCCUCCCUCUUCUUCCCGUCCGAGGACGCUGAAGAACGCAGCAAGCUCGGUGAAACCACAGAAGACGAAUCGCCUCCCGCAUUCACAUCUGCGCCUGCCUUUACCGAGUCAUCCUCGUCUGCUGCCGCCGUAGCUGCCACUAAAGCCGCCCUCCCAUCCGACUCCAAAGACGGCUCUAGUAGCAAAGACGUCGACGACGGAGAACCACCGCCGCCCUACAGCGAAGGAUCAAGCCCGCUCGAGUCUUUCACAUACGUAAUGGCAUCCGCAGGAGGUCCCGCGAGUAUCAUUACUCAGGUGUCGCAAACAACAAACGCAGGACCGCCAAUCAACACACUCGGUGGAUCAGAUGAAAACAUUACUUUGGAAUUGAGGGGCACGCGGUUUACUCUGUCGCGAGACGAGCUUUUGACUCUCCCUGAGUUCGUCCUCCUCUCCCUCUUUCCCAAUGGCCUGCUCCCAGAUGGGCACAUGAACUCCUACCACGAUGGAGAUGUAUACCCAGUCGACGUUGGUAACCCCACUUCUUCUUCUUCUUCCCCUUCCAUUCCCUUGGCUCCAGCAGCUAAGAUCCUGUACCACCUUUCCAACCCCGCAUUAUAUUUAUCUGACAAUAUCUAUCCUUCACAGUAUGAUCCAAACUCUUUACAGUACAUGUUGGAGUUCUUCCGCACUGUAGCUCAGACCAUUCCCGCGUCUCCUCCUUCGCCGACCGCUGCUCCCGACCAUGCUGCCGAAGCUGUACCUAUCGAGCCUAUGCAUGGCUCCGCUAGGGACAUGCUACAGGAUCGCGCUGGUAUAAUUGUCCUUCGCGAGGACCUCGACUUCUACGCUAUCCCGCCGCACCGCGAUAUAACUCAGCCUGAGAUGAUUGAAGUUAAGCGAGCUGCAGGUGAGGCACUGCUAAGACAAGAUGGUAUCUUCUCCGGCCUCAGGAAGAGCGAAGAACCAGGAACGACCGAGCAGCACCUCAUCGAGAUGUUGACCGCAGGCGGCUUCAACCACGACGACCGAUGGGGCCAUCGUGCCGGCGAGCCUAACAAAGCCGUCAUUUGCAGCAUCGCCCUUGCACGCCUGAGAACGGACAUUAAGGGUAACGAUCUUGCUAAUAGCAACGCUGUUGGUAUGGCGCAGAAGCUGCUCCUCUUCUGGAGGAAACCCGCUCGCCGCUGCUGGUGGGAAGGUGUUGAGCUCGACAACGUUAGAGGUGUCGAAGGCAAGCUCAAGGUGUGGAUAAGGAGAGUCUGGACGCUCGAAAUGAGCGUUAUCGGCCUUCGCUAA